ACCAGGGUGUUCGUUCCUUCAAGCUUAGAAUAUAAUAGAAUAUUUACAAUGCUCACCUUAGAGUUACUCGCAUUCGUUGGAGUAUUCUCUUGGAUAUACUUCCUCUGGAGUCGACGCAGGCUCUAUGGGCUGCUACUGCAGCUGCCAGGACCCAUGGGACUGCCCCUCCUCGGCAUCGCAGUGGAGUACCUUAUCUUCUAUAAACGUAAAAUGAAAAUUCGAACCAAGUACAUGGAUCAAUAUGGCUCAACAAUUUUGACCUGGCUUGGCCCAAUGCCAUUUAUAAUGACCCGGGAUCCAAAGAUCGUCGAGGAAGUCUUCAUGUCCCCGGAGUGCAUCAACAGGAGUUCGCAGUUCACUAUUCCACUCACUAGCAGUGCGAAAGGAGAUGGCCUGCUCUCAAUAGAAGCAAAUAGGUGGAUUGAACGUCGCAAGCAUAUGAAUCACACCUUCAGGCAUAAUAUCUUGCUCAGCUUCCUGCCCAUUUUCAAUGCUGAAGCGAAAAGCCUGGUAACCUUUUUAGGCACGCAAGUCGGACAGGGCGAAAAGAAAAUCCUCAAUGAUAUAGUCAGAUGGUCGUUUAGAGUGGCCACUCAAACCACAGUGGGAACCGAUGUCAAGCAAGAUAAAUCCUUUGAAAACGACACGAUUUUGAAAAGCUAUGAGUCGCUUUUGCAUUUGAUCACAAUGAAUGUUAUGUUGCCCUUUACCCACAACAAAAUUAUUUCCACGCUAUGUGGAUUUGAAGAGAAGAGAGCCGGAUCCGCGUCCCAUAUUGAAAAAAUGAUAGACAAAAUCAUUGACAAGAAGCUCAACUCAAAGCCAGAAAGUGGCGCAGAGCCUGAAAUCACCUCUGUGAUCAACAAAGCCAUCGAACUCUAUCGGAAGGGUGAAUUGCCCCUGGGAGAGGUGCGAGCCGAAUGCACUAUGAUGGUUGUGGCUGCCUUCGAGACAACGGGUGUUACGGUCUGCCACACUCUCACUCUGCUGGCCAUGUUCCCCGAGUGCCAGCAGACGGUCUUCGAGGAGCUCAAGGAUCUCUACCCAACGGCCGGGGACUUCGAGGUGACCUACGAGGACGUGCAAAAGAUGGUCUUCUUGGAGCGCGUUUUGAACGAGACCCUGCGACUGAUACCAUCCGUUCCGUUUGUACCGAGGGAAGCAACACAGGACUUCCGGCUGUCGAACGGAGUGGUCAUUCCCAAGGGAGUCACGAUUGGCGUCGAUAUAUUCAACACCCAUCGCAACAAGGAAUUCUGGGGUCCCGAUGCGGACAAGUUUAAUCCAGAUCACUUUCUGCCAGACAAUGUUCGCGACAGGCAUCCCUACGCCUAUAUUCCCUUCUCGAAGGGCAGACGAAAUUGUAUAGGUUGGAAAUAUGGAAUGAUGUCUUCCAAGCUCGCCUUGGCCAAGAUACUCAGGAACUACAAAGUAACCACUUCUUUUCGAUAUGAAGAUCUCGAUUUCGUUGAUAACGUGGGCAUGGAGCUGGCCCUAUCUCCAGGUAUUGAAUUCCACAGACGAACAUAGAGGAUGCUGAGCACUUUAAGUAUAAGUAAUUUUUGUCAGAAUUUUCUAGACAGCAAUUCUAGAAUUUGUUCUUGAUGGGACCAAUUUGC